UAACAACAACUAACAACAACUCACAAUGACUGGUUUCAACCUGAAAGGCAGCAGCCUGCUGAAGAGCAAAGCCAUCAAUGGCAACAGCAAUGGCGAGACUAACGACAGGAGCAACAACUACAUUGCAGAAGAGUGUCCCAAUGGUUCCACCAACUCAACGGCCGUCAUCAACAACAACAACAACCAACAAAAUACUUCAAAUAUUGUGGAUAAUCCCGAAUUAGCAGAGGCUGUCGCUGUCGAAAAUCGUAUCAAAAUGGUUAUAAAUGAAGAGAACUAUUCAUACGAGCUCAUCAAAGAGGUGGCGGAUUUCUUUUUGGAACGCACCAGCAUACGUCCCAAGGUGGGCAUUAUUUGCGGCUCGGGUCUAAACUCUUUAGCCGACCACAUCACCAACACACAAGCCUUCGACUACAAAGAUAUACCACAUUUCCCCGUCUCCACAGUGGAAGGUCAUGUGGGACGCAUGAUUUUUGGCUAUUUGGAAGGUAUGCCUGUGGUGGCCAUGCAGGGACGUUUCCACUAUUAUGAGGGCUAUCCUUUGGCCAAAUGCUCCAUGCCUGUGCGCGUUAUGAAAUUGGUCGGUAUACAGUAUCUGUUUGCCACAAAUGCAGCGGGCGGUCUUAAUCCCAAAUACAAAGUUGGUGAUAUUGUGAUCGUGCGCGAUCACAUCAAUAUUAUGGGCUUUGCUGGCAAUUCACCACUGCAAGGACCCAACGAUCCGCGCUUCGGACCACGUUUCCCGCCCAUGACCAACGCCUACGAUCGUCAUCUGGUGCGCAAGGCACGCAAAGUGGUGCGUGAGAUGGGUAUUGAAAAUGAUGUACAUGAGGGCGUCUAUACGUGUCUGGGUGGGCCCAACUACGAGACGGUAGCCGAAUUGAAGAUGUUACGCAUUAUGGGCGUCGAUGCGGUUGGCAUGUCGACUGUGCACGAAGUGAUCACAGCCAGGCAUUGCGAUCUGACAGUAUUCGCAUUCAGUUUGAUAACGAACAAGUGCGCGACCGACUAUGACAGCAGUGAAGAGGAUGCAAAUCAUGAGGAAGUCGUGAUGGUGGGCAAAUCACGUCAGUCCACUUGUGCGGAAUUAAUGAGUCGAAUGAUACGCGAUCUCGCCGAGGAAACGUGUCUGAAAAAUGGCAGAAAAUGAACGAAGCAGAUGAAUCGGAGCAAGGAUAAUAGUGUAUUAAGAAAAGGAGAAAUUGAGAGAGAUAAAGAGCAAGAGAGCAAGAGAGCAAGAAAUGAACUCUAACUGCAUACGAGUAUGUGUGUAUGUCUGCAAGCACUGGUAACUCCUAAAUAUCAUAUUUGGACGUUAAUCAUAAGUAGUCUAUUAGUUUAGUAGCUUUACGCUAUAUUUUUAGUUUUAAUAUAUAUUUCGGCGUUGUGUAGAUAUGUAUCAUAGUGUAUGUGUGUAUUCAAAUAUUUGCACUCAAACAAAACACGAUUAUAUUUUGACAUCUUUUACAUCUCUGUUACAUGUACGAGUAUGUAUGUAUGCAUUUACAGGAAAACGCUGCUACUUAUUAGUACUGUGUUUUGUUUUUAUAUUUAAGGGGGGCAGCUCCUCCAGACAACGAGUUUUUCAAUAAUUCUUUGCGAAAAACUGAGAGUAUUUAUUAUCUUAAAAUAAAUUACAUAUUAAUAGGAGUAUUCAUGCUUAAAUGAAUAUACAAACAUUUUGUUUAAUAAGAAAAGAAAAUGACGGCGCUACAGCUGCUCAAA